UCAGAACAGACAGUCCCUCCGAUAUCCAGCUGUCUGGCCGCUGAUUCAUUUCACCACAUACCAGCUCUGGGUGCAAACUCAGAAGGGGUGUUGGAGAAAUUGAAAGGCGUCCUAAAAGGGCCAACAAGGAUUCCAUCAUCAAAAGUGAGCUCUGAGAAUGGGAAAAUCAGAGAGCCAAAUGGAUAUCAUGGAGAAAACCACUAAACAAAGAAAGCAUCACUGGACCGUCAUUGAGAUCGGAUUGUCUAUUAUUGUGCUUCUCAUGAGCUGUGCUCUGGCUGGACUCAUCGUGCUCUACACUUCAGCUGUGAAAGAGCAUUUUAACAGAAAUGAUUCUUCAAAAGGGCUGAAAUAUCAAUCAAAAGCUGACAGCAAUGUCUGCACAACCCCAGAGUGUGUGACUGCUGCAGCCAGAUUACUCCAGAACAUGGAUCCCAGCGUGAAGCCGUGCCAGAACUUCUAUCAGUACGCCUGUGGAGGCUGGAUCGAGCGUCAUGUCAUUCCAGAGACCAGCUCACUCCACAGCGUAUUCAAUAUCUUGAGAGAUGAGCUGGAGAUAGUGCUGAAAGGAGUUCUUGAGAUGGAAAGUAAGAGUGACAGAGAGGCCUUCAAGAAAGCCAAAACACUCUACAGUUCAUGCAUGAAAGAAAAUUUAAUUGAGCAGCGCGACUCGCAGCCUCUUCUCAGACUCAUCGACAGCAUCGGCGACUGGCCUGUUGCCUCUGAUGUCUGGAACAGCACAUCAGAGGAAGCAUGGAGCCUGGAGGACAAGCUGGCCAUUCUAAAUUCCCAGUACAAUAAGAAGGCAGUGCUCGAGAUGUUUGUGUGGCCUGAUGACCGCGACUCCAGCCGCUACAUUAUCCAUGUUGACCAGCCAGCACUAGGCAUGCCUUCGAGAGAUUAUUACCUCAGUGAUGGAAACUAUAAGAAGGUGCGCAAGGCCUACCUGGAGUUCAUGGUUUCCAUGGCAAGGAUUGCGCGAGAAGACCGGAACUUGACCCAAGAUGAAGACCGCGUGUGGGAGGAGAUGACUCAGGUUUUGGAGUUGGAGACAGAUCUUGCUAACGCUACCUCACCUGCUGAAGAACGCAAUGACAUCACAGUGCUGUACAAUAAAAUGACACUGACAGAGGUGCAGCAAACAUUCAACCUCAAUGGCUUUAAUUGGACACGCUACAUACAUGGAAUCAUGUCAAGCGUUUCGAUUACGGUGCAACCAGAAGAACCCAUUGUUGUGUACUGCUCACCGUAUCUCGAGAAGCUCAGUGAUGUCCUCUUUAAACACAGUCACAGGACUCUGCAGAACUAUCUGUCCUGGAUGCUCAUCAUGGAGCGGGUGAGCAGUCUGAGCCGUCGCUUCAAAGAUGUGAGAGCGCACUACAGAAAGGCUUUGCAUGGCACUACAGUAGAGGAGGCAAGGUGGAGAGAUUGUGUACGUUACGUUCAGGGCAACAUGGAAAACGCAGUCGGAGCUUUGUAUGUACGGGAAACCUUCUCUGGAAACAGCAAACGCAUGGUGGGUAAUCUGAUCAGACAGAUUCAAGAGGCUUAUGUAGAGACGCUGGAAGAGUUGAGCUGGAUGGAUCAACAGUCCAAGGAAAAAGCCAGAGAGAAGGCCAUGGCGAUAUCAGAACAGAUUGGUUAUCCUGACCACAUCCUUGAGGAGGAGAAUAAGAAACUAGAUGAGGAAUACACUCACUUUAAUUUCAGUGAGGAAAACUACUUUGAAAAUAUUCUGGAAAAUUUGGCAGCAUCAGCCCAGAAAGGUCACAAAAAGCUGAGGGAUCCCGUCGAUCCUAACAUCUGGAUUAUUGGUGCUGCUGUGGUCAAUGCAUUCUACUCGCACAACAGAAACCAAAUUGUAUUCCCUGCUGGCAUCCUACAGCCUCCGUUCUUCAGUGAGAAACAGCUGCAAGCUUUAAACUUUGGUGGAAUUGGGAUGGUGAUAGGACAUGAAAUCACUCAUGGAUUUGAUGACCACGGCCGGAAUUUCGACAAAGAUGGGAACAUGUAUAAUUGGUGGAGCAACUAUUCUGCAGAGAACUUUGAAGAUCAAUCUAAAUGCAUGGUGGAACAGUACGGCAAAUUCAGCUGGAAACUUGCAGGAGGCCAAAAUGUCAGUGGCAUCUCAACAUUAGGAGAAAAUAUUGCUGACAACGGUGGAGUUCGCCAAGCAUAUAAGGCAUAUAUGAAGUGGGUGCAGAGAGAGGGCGAAGAGUACCGUCUACCCGGACUGGACAUGGAUCACAAACAACUCUUUUUCCUGAACUUUGCUCAGGUCUGGUGUGGUGCCUGCCGCCCUGAAUAUGCCAUACAGUCAGUCAAAACUGAUCCGCACAGUCCGCUGGAGUACAGGGUACUAGGGUCCCUCCAGAACUUUGAAGCAUUUUCCGAAGCUUUCCAUUGUGAACGAGGAACCCCCAUGAACCCAGAGGAGAAAUGUCGGGUGUGGUAACCUUGUGUUGGUAAAACCAGAGUAUGUGUAUAUUUCACAAAUACGACAGCAAUUACAAGAGCUUGGAUCAUAUAAUGUUGUGCUAUUAUUCUGCAGUGGAAGUUGCCUGUCUGUUAGUCUGAUCAUGUGGCAGAUGCAACCAAGGUGUUAGACACCUACAUGUGUGACUACAUAGAUGUAUACAAAAGCGCACAUAUAACCAACAACUUCAGGCAUAGUGAAUGUACACAGUCAGGGUGGUGUUUUGAAAAAGAGGCAUGCUUUUUCAUCUAUUUAAAGGUAAAGUGUGUGUUUUUUUUAUUAUUUUGAAGUAAAAUACUUUCUCAUGUCUCAUCUAAAUAUGCAGAAACAACUAUAAGCAAGCCAUUUGUUGCUUAAUUUCCUCUAAAAAAGUACAUCAUGACCAGCCAAACACAGCAGCUUUGACUCAACCAAUGAGGUGCGAUUGGGGUGGCACUAUCUGUUUGGUUGACCAAUGGCUGAUGGGGAAAGUGUUAGGGAAACCUGUUUGAAAACCUACUUUAAAAACAAGAAAAAUAGUGAUUUUUUGCUAUUUCGUUUGGUACUAUUAUGAAUUAUGAAAUCACUGUUGCAAAAUAUUUUAGUUAAUAUGCCUUGUUUACAGGUAUCUUAAGAUAUUUGAUUAAUUUUGGCAUCAAAAUGUGUGUAAAAAAAUAUUUCUUUGUGAUGAGAGGGCUGAUUGACAUUGAGCAAAAUCAGGUUAUUUUUCCAGAUUAUGUAAACAAACAAGUCUCUCAGUUGGCUUUUGAUUAUGUUGGCUCUCCAAAAAAACAUUGGUUGAGCUUGACAGAUCCUAAAAUUGGCCAACAACUGUAGGCUUGGAAGCCCACGUAGAUUGCUGUUUGAAUAGAACCCAUCUUUUGUUUUACAAUAAACAACCUUGACAUUUUUUGAUGAUGGAAUGAGAUGUAUUUUUCUUUUAAAGCAUGCAGUGAGAAAAUGAGCAAAAUAGACAAGCCCUAUUGAGUACUGCUUUCCAAAAACUGAUAAAACAUGAGAGCUUAACGUUACGUAAACGGGACUGUUUUGCAUCUGUAACUAUGACCUGACAAACUUAAGACUGUUAAAACCAUAUUGUUUCAAGCUUUUGUGCUUUUUUCUGUGCAUAAAUAGAUUUAAUACAUUGCUACCUUGUAAAUACGCUGCAGACUUCUCUUUAAAACGUUAUGAAGUUACCACAGUACAGGAACAAAAUAGCUACAACGGGUCACCGAGAACCAAGACUGUAUACGAUAAUGACUGUUAUUGUACUGGUACCCUGUAUAUACAAGCUAUUUAACAGCUUUGCUCUACAAUUGAGGAUUUCUGUUGCUCAGCGAACUAUUGACAUCUUAUCUUGUUUAGUAUGUUAAAUGGUUAGAAUCAGAGUCAGAGAGACACAUAUUGGAAUGUUGUUGGUUUUCGCUGGAAGAGGAAAAAUAAUGACGCUUAACACUCUGAGGGGUCUUCAACCUGUCCACCUGCUGAUUGUGUUUAUCAUUAGCCUAAGCAAAAACACCAUUACAGUAUCAGCCUGUGUUGUCUAACAGCUGUAACCAAGGUUUCAGAGUUUAGCUGGUUAGCAUGGCUCAGUUACCUCCUGCUGGUAGAUGUAGUAACUACACCAUCUGGGCCUAAAAAGCACUGCUGACCAAGAUGGCCAACUAGGCCGAAGCCAGGCUAGUAGUUUAGCUGAUGAAUCAUCUUGAUUAGCUUGGACUAAAUCAUUGAUAAAAAUGGCUAGCUUAAACCAACUAGAAUCUGUUUAAGCCAGGUUAGUAGUUAAACUGGUGAGUAGCAUGGGCCAACUAAUUUCUAAAAAUGACCAGCUUGGACCAACUAGAAACCGUUUAAGCCAGCUAACAAUAGAUGCAAAUUUUAGCCAGGCUAGACUAGCUUGGACUAAAUAAUUGCUAAAAAUGGCUAGCUUGAACCAACUAGAAUCUUUUUAAGCCAGGCUAGUUACACUGGUGGACCAUCUAGACUAGCUCGGACCAACUAAUGGCUAAAAAUGACCAACUUGGAUAAACUAGAAACCGUUUAAGUCAGCUAAUAAAAGAUGCAAAUUUUAGCCAGGCUAGUAGUUUGGCUGAUGAACCAUCUAGACUAGCUUGGAUGAACUAAUGGAUAAAAAUGGCCAACUGGGACCAACUAUAAACAAUGCAAACCAGCUAACAACAGAUGCUAGUUUCAGCCAGGCUAGUAGUUGAGCUGAUCAUCCAUCUAGACUAACUCAGACCAACUAAUGGCUAAAAAAGACCAGCUUGGACUAACUAGAAGCCAUACAAACCAGCUACCACAAGAUGCUAGUUUAAGCUUGAUUGUUCAGCUGGCAAUUGUCUGUAAUGGUGGCAUGUAAGAUCAAAUAAUUUGUAGUUUAUUCUUAACAAACAGGAGCAUUUGUUUGGUCUUGCUCAGUAUCUCUCAGGCAUUGGUGUGGGUUGGUAAUUUUAGCAAGGUAGGUGAAGUCAUGGCUCCUAGUUCAUAAAUUGAUCAGUCGCACACAGAGAAGAGGGCUGAUGGGGCAGCUAGUUUGUGUGUGAGCCGAAGCAUAACAGGCGAAACGAAAGCCAGCAGUUAAAUCUCAGAUGGACACAUCUCUCAUUUGAGUUGAGGUCAGAGCCGGUGACUGUUAUUUUCUGUCUUGAUUAAGUUGUAAUGACAACAGGACUGAACAGAAGGAAGGAAAAAUGGACAAGAUCAAACAAAUGUCAGAAAUGUCAGGGUUAUUGAUAUGACUGUUAUCUCUCACGACAGAGACUUUCGUCAUGAAUGUUCAUAUCUGCCUGUGAUUUUUCAUUGCUAGCCAAUUUAAACCUCAACACCAUUGUAAUGGCACGUACUGUUUGAUGCACAGGACACAAGUGAUACAUUGAAUGCAAGUGACUAUUUAGCAUUAAAUUAAAUGUUAAUACCUAGAGUUAAUACCAUUGCAGCAGAAAGGGUUUUAUCAAGAUGAAAUGGCAAAAAAAAAAAAAAAAAACGUUUCCGCAGAAUUAUAAGCAUAUACGUUUUUAAAUGCGAUACAUUGCCAGAAAAGAAAAGGAGCCCUGUUUCACAGAAAAAAAAAUUGUUUUGUUUUAGUGUGUUGAUGAUUCUGAAGUGAACUAUUAAAAAUAAGCUUAUCAUGUUUAUUAUAAAAUCAGGAAUUGAAAUGCCAAGAACUUUUUGAACACAAGAAUGAUCCAUAAUUAUUCUGUGAUUUUCUGGUUCAUGGGUGAAUUUCACAGAAACAUGUCCAGGUCACAUUUCACUCCAAAAAAAUAAAAAUAAAAGAAAGAAAGAAAAACUAUUAAAGUUGUAAAAGUUAAAUACCAUUAUUUUUCACAUUAUAGUCAUGAGAAUGAGAUUUGAUGUCACAGUGCAAAAAACAACAACAAAAAAAUCCUUAAAAAAAAAUUCUGUGAAACCCCACAUCCACAUGCAUGGACAUUACGUUUUGGCUUCGCUAUAGACUAUGCUUAAUUAUAUUUAAUUUUUUUAAUCAACUGAUCCUAGUUCAGGAGACACUGGGCUGUCAUUAAAGGGUUAAACUUGUGACAAAUAACUCAACUCAACUUUUGUUUUUUGGAGAACGGCAAAAAAAAAAAAAAACUACAUCUGGUAAGAAACCAGCUUAAGCUUUUACAUUAAAACCUGUUUGAGUCAAAAGAGUAGAGUCAAUAGUUUCAUCUGAUAUGCCAUUUUUAAAAUUUCAUAGAUUUAUCAUGAAAUGGCAAGCUGACAAUAUCCAUGCACGUGGACAAUAGGACUUUCCAUAAAAAUCCUACAUUCAUUAUCCAUUAUCACAUUGAGAAUCAAUGGUCAUGUCCAAACACUGGAAAAUGUUGUUUUCAGAUGCUUUAUAUGGAGUUAGGAUGAAAUUAGGUGCAUUUCAAACUGUUCUGAGACCUGUGAAGACAGAUAACACACUGGAGGUCAAGUCAGUCACUAAUUAGGGAGCAAGAAAGCAUCCUCUAGCUUUCCUAUGCAGCUAAGUGCAUUCACUUCUAACAUCUGAUCAAAAGUUCAGUUUCAGGUCUGCAGAUGAUUUUUGGACUCAGGAGGUUAAGAAAAAUAUAGUUUCUUAUUUCUUUUAAUUUUGGGGUGAAAUAUAAGCUGUUCUUGACAGGUUUCGUGAGGUUCACCCUUUUGUUAAGAGUUGCCACAUGACUAUAGAUGCUGCUAUUUAAAAAUAUCUGGGGUUUGUCUUAUUCUGUACAUAGACUCGCUGACUGUUGAAAGAUCUCUAACUGAUAUUCAUUGAAAAUACAGUAUGUCCAUGUUUGAUUGAGACCAUACACACUUUAUAAUCCUUUCUAAGUGAAUGCUUUAUAAUUAUAUUGUUCUGCAAUGAAUCUGAAUAUAUGGCUUAAAAAUAUUAUUUAGCUAAAAAUAUUGUUAUCAUAUAUAAGAAAAUAUGUAAGCUUCAACAAUAAACUUGUCAA